AUGGGGAGAAGGCCUUGUUGUGACAAAACUGGAUUGAGAAAAGGUACAUGGACUCCUGAAGAAGACAACAAGUUAAUUGCUUAUGUAACUAGAUAUGGCUCUUGGAAUUGGCGACAACUACCUAAAUUUGCAGGUCUUGAAAGGUGUGGGAAGAGUUGUAGACUAAGGUGGUUGAACUAUCUAAGACCAGAUGUCAAAAGAGGAAACUUUACACAACAAGAAGAAGAUACUAUCAUCAAACUUCAUCAAAAACUUGGUAAUAGAUGGAUUGUGAUUGCUGCAAAUUUACCGGGAAGAACAGAUAAUGAGAUAAAGAAUCAUUGGCACACCAACUUGAAAAAGCGUUUAAUAAAGAAUAAUAAUUCAGACGCUAAUGAUGGAACAGGAAACUCCAAAGACACAAAUUCAGAUAACCCUGCAAUGGAACAAGACAACACACUUGAAGGAGUGUUGGAGAAAAAUAGUGGCCCCAAUAUUACAAGUCCAUUGUCUUCAAUCCCAUCUUCAAGUGGAACAAUGGAUACUCCAACAACCACAGAAAUAUCAUAUGAAAAUUAUGUUCUUGACGAGCUUCCUUUAAUGGAUGCAUACAUGGAUGUUUUGAAUGAUAAUUUCUGGACAGAACCAUAUAUCAUGGACGGUUCAUAUGUCCCUCCAAAUGAAGAAACUACAUUAUUACCUAUCUGGUGUGAAGAUGAAUACUUCAGUGCUAUGUACGAUGAACAACUUUGGAGCCAUCAACAAUAA